CAUGAAAGGAUUCUCAUUUAUUAUUUGUCACCGAAAGCUCUCUGCUAAUUCUCCUCUGCUUCAAAACAAAGAGAGCAUAUCCGCCUAAGUUGCUGCCGUUGAUUCAGGCAAGGCAAAGCAAGCUUGCAGUCGGGACCUUCUAAUCCAACAAUGGCCGAUAUCAAGUCUAAGUUCUUGGAGGUUUACUCUAUCUUGAAAUCCGAGCUGUUGAACGACUCCGCUUUUGAGUUCACCGACGAUUCGCGCCAGUGGGUUGAGCGGAUGUUGGACUACAAUGUGCCCAAAGGAAAGCUGAACCGUGGGCUCUCCGUCAUUGACAGUUAUAAGCUGCUCAAAUUAGGGCAAGAAUUGACAGAUGAUGAGGUGUUUCUUGCUUGUGCACUUGGAUGGUGUGUUGAGUGGCUACAAGCCUAUUUCCUUGUUCUUGAUGAUAUAAUGGAUGGAUCUCAUACGCGCCGUGGCCAGCCCUGUUGGUUCAGAUUACCCAAUGUCGGAAUGAUAGCUGCAAAUGAUGGGUUAAUACUUCGCAAUCAUAUUCCAAGAAUCCUCAAAAAGCAUUUUAAAGGAAAGCCUUACUAUGCAGAUCUGUUAGAUUUAUUUAAUGAGGUGGAGUUUCAGACAACUCAUGGACAGAUGAUAGAUUUGAUCACUACACUUGUUGGAGAGAAGGAAUUAUCAAAGUACUCGUUACCUUUGCAUCGUCGAAUUGUUCAAUACAAAACUGCCUAUUACUCCUUUUAUCUUCCUGUGGCAUGUGCACUUCUUAUGUUUGGUGAGAACUUGGAUGAUCAUGUCAAUGUAAAGGACGUUCUAAUCGAAAUGGGUGUCUACUUUCAAGUUCAGGAUGAUUAUCUAGAUUGCUUUGGCGAUCCAGAGGUCAUUGGCAAGAUUGGAACAGAUAUUGAAGAUUUUAAGUGCUCUUGGUUGGUAGCGAAAGCCAUCGAGCUCUGCAACGAUGACCAAAAGAAAAUCCUCUAUGAGAAUUAUGGAAAGGACAACCCUGCAUGUGUAGCUAAAGUCAAAGAGCUCUAUGAAGUUCUCAAGCUACAGGAUGUUUAUUCGGAAUACGAAAAGAGCAGCUACACGAGGAUAACCAACUCAAUCGAGACACACCCUAGAAAGGAAGUGCAGGCAGUGUUGAAAUCAUUCUUGGCAAAGAUUUAUAAACGGCAAAAGUAAGAAGAUCGUCGGCUGCCAUGCAACUACUCUUUACAUUUCCAGGUAUACAGAAUACAAACCAAUAAUAAAACUUGCAUCAAAUCGAAUAAAUUUUGGGUCUAUUAUAUUACUCAUAGACCCCUUCUAUGCUUAAUACAAAAACUUUGGCCAGUAUGAUUUUUAUUUUCUAUUUUUGGCUUGAA